AUGGCGGAUUCGAACGAUACUACCUCUGAAGGAACUUCCACCAAAACUCUGGUUGGCAAAAGUACCUGUUCCGACUUCAGUGGCGGUGAUGGUGAAUACAAUUAUCAUGUCGAACAUCCUACCAGUGGUAGCAGCAGUGGACGACAGAUCGGUGUUUUCAGUGCUACCUUUUUAAUCUUUAACCGGAUCAUUGGAACCGGAAUAUUUGCUACACCAAGUGCCAUUUUAGCCCAGACUGGCAGCGUCGGCAUGUCCCUUGUGGUUUGGAUAAUUGGAAUGCUGAUUGCGAUGGCUGGUACGGCGGUGUAUCUCGAGUUUGGGACGGCAAUUCCAAGGAAUGGCGGGGAGAAGAACUACCUGGAAUUCGUUUACAGAAAACCAAGGUUCCUCGCAACGGCGAUAUACGCUUCAUAUGCACUACUACUCGGAUGGGCAGCUGGAAAUAGUGUCGUGUUUGGAGAGUAUGUUCUGCAUGCUGCAGGCGUGGAAGUUAGCCGGUGGAAUCAACGAGGGAUUGGCUUUGCCUGCAUUACGGUAGCAUUUUUCGUCCAUGCCAUCGAAAUGAAAUGGGGACUUCGGCUGCAGAACGCACUUGGAAUGUUGAAGCUGGUUGUGAUUAUGGUCAUCAUAAUCUGUGGAGCGGUGGCACUGGGGGGAGGUACCAAGGGCAACAUUUCCAACAAUUUUUCGAAUACGUGGGGAGACCGUCGCCCAAGCAUAUACGGAAUGGUCACCGCAUUGUAUAGCGUGAUAUGGUCAUAUGUCGGUUAUUCGAAUGCCAACUAUUCCCUCAGUGAAACGCGAAACCCGAUCCGAACGUUGAAAAUCGCAGCUCCUAUAGGGGUCACCUUGGUUGGCAUCCUCUAUCUUCUGGUCAACAUCGCAUACUUUGCUGUUGUACCAAAGGAGGAAAUUUUGGGUUCUGGGCGUAUACUCGCAGCCUCCUUUUUCCGCCAUGUUUUUGGCCCAAAGGCAGAGCGAGUGUUGUCCAUAUUUAUUGCACUAUCAGCUUUUGGAAAUGUCCUGGCGGUGCUUUUCUCUCAGGGCCGAAUUGUCCAAGCGCUCGGUGAAGAAGGAGUACUCCCGUUGUCGAAGUUCUGGGCCAGUAAGCGUCCGUUCAACUCUCCAGCUGCCGGGCUACUGGAACAUUAUGUUCUUUCGGCGAUAGUGAUGCUUGCACCGCCGCCAGGGGAUGCAUAUAUCUUCCUACUCAACAUGAUUUCAUACCCUCUAUCGGUGGUGAAUGUCCUGGUCGCCGCAGGACUCAUGCAUAUCUACUUACGCUCGUCGAAAUACCCAGGAUGGGCACCAGGCAUCCGCGCAACGCUGCCAGUCACGAUUUUCUUCCUCGUUUCCAAUAUCUACCUCACCGUUGCCCCGUUCCUCCCACCCCCUACCCCGAAAGACAAUGUAUACGCGUACUUACCAUACUACUCGCAUUGUGUGGCCGGACUGAGCGUGUUUGUUGUCGGUGCGAUCUACUGGGUAGUAUGGGCAAAGUUACUGCCAUGGAUGAACCUUUAUAACAUUGUUGAGCAUCCGCUGGAAGAGGAUAACGGCGCUGUGAGGAGUGUAGCAGUCAGAGUCCCGUCAGUGAAGCGCACUCAGAAAGAGGGCCUAAGACAGGCAAAUCCCCUCAGCUGGAUGAACCCGUUCUCCGGUGGAAGGUCUAGGGGUUGA